GUCGCUGCGGGGACUCUGGCUCCAGGCUCCUGGCGAGAUCCCCGAGCCCCGGCGGCUGGUGCUGGGAGCCCGGAGCCCGGGCUGCAGCCGGGAGAGGGGAAUCUCCAGCAGGGCCCUUCCCGCUGCUCCAGGAGCCUCUCCCAGGGCAGAGCCCCCAGCCCGGCCAGGCCCUGCCCCAGGGGUGCCCCGCUCGGAGGGAAGGCCGAGGAUUCACAUCCACAUUUGUUCCAGAUGGGCCCAUCUUCCAGGAGACAGGGCAGGGAAAUGGCUGUGAUGGAGCCGGCUCAGAUGCCAGUGACCUUCGAGGAGGUGGCUGUGUAUUUCACCCAGGGGCAGGGGACUCUGCUGGACCCCACUCAGAGAGCCCUCUACAGGGAUGUCAUGCGGGAGAACUAUGAGACAGUGACAUCGCUGGGAUUCCCCCUUCCCAAACCAGACCUGAUCACCCGGCUGGAACGAGGGGAAGAGCCGUGGGUGCCCGAUCUCCAGGCCUGUGAGGAAAGAGAGAUCCUGAGAGGCACCCACACAGGUGAGGACUGACACCCAAACCAUCUGGGGAAUGAAGGAAAAAGUAGAGAAUCCCAAAAAUGUAGUAUCAAUAAGUGCCCUCAGCUCUUCCUCACCUCACCCAGGGCAGGGCUGCAGUCAGCAGAUAUCAAUGACAUCACUUUCCACCUAUCCUGUUACCUGCAGGAGUUUCCUUCCCAACUUUCCUUCUCUGUGAACGUUUGGUUGGGAAGUGGAGACAGAAUCCAAUUGCUCUGUCUGUGCAGCUUUAGUAUGUUGGGUUUUCCCUUGCUGCUAUUCCUCUUAAUCUCUCCCCAGCACAAUGACUCCUGUCUGGA